CUGCCAGGCGGGGGCGGCUCCGCGCUGAGCGAAGGGGCUGGGAAGCGCCUGGGGGAGCCGCCGGCGCCGCGCUGCCACCAUUAGCCGGGCGGCGAGAGGAGGAGCCGGGGGAGCCGACCUCGAGCCGCAGGAGGAGCCGCCGCCGCGUGUUACUCAACUCACACGUGGAACAGCCAACUCUAGAGUGAAAGAUGGAGCAAUUAUCAGAUGAAGAACUUGAUCAUGGUGCAGAAGAAGAUAGUGAUAAGGAAGACCAAGAUCUGGACAAGAUGUUUGGACAAUGGCUUGGGGAGCUGGACAAACUCACACAGAGUUUGGAUACAGACAAGCCCAUGGAGCCAGUAAAGAAAUCCCCUCUUCGCCAAGAAACCAACAUUGCCAAUUUCUCCUAUCGCUUCUCCAUGUACAAUUUGAAUGAAGCCCUGAAUCAGGGGGAGACUGUGGAUCUGGAUGCCCUCAUGGCUGAUCUUUGUUCCAUAGAGCAGGAGCUCAGCAGCAUUGGGUCACAAUCAGCAAAUAGUGCUGCAAUGAAGCGUCUAGCCACAGAAACAAAAGUAGCUCAGAAACCACCUGCUGGUCGACUUUCCUCUAAACACAGCAGUAUAAAAGGAUCGUCCUCUUCAUCUGGUAGGGUAACUAAGCCUUCAAAUGCCAACUUUUCCUUGGAGGACAUUACUGCCCAGUUAGAGAAGGCUUCUUUGAGCAUGGAUGAAGCAGCCCAGCAAUCUGUAAUGGAAGAUGCUAAACCUGUAGUUACUGCUCAGCAUAGAAGGACAGCAUCAGCUGGCACAGUGAGUGAUGCUGAAGUGCGCUCUAUCAGUAACUCAUCCCGUUCCAGCAUAACCUCUGCAGCAUCCAGCAUGGACUCCUUGGAUAUUGAUAAAAUGACAAGACCUCAGGAACUGGAUUUGACACAGCAAGGGCAACCCAUUACUGAGCAUAAUGUUUCUGUGGGACAUCCCAUCAAGCAGUCCAAGCGUCACAUUGACUUCACAGAAGAGGAGGCUGAGCUGACUCCUCACUCCUAUCUGGACAGGGAAACAUCCCUUCUUCUGAGAAACAUUGCAGGAAAGCCUUCUCAUUUGCUGACCAAGGAAGAGCAGGCUGCUAAACUGAAAGCUGAGAAGAUCAGGGUUGCUUUGGAAAAGAUUAAAGAGGCACAAGUGAAAAAGCUGGUAAUCAGAGUUCACAUGUCUGAUGAUAGCUCCAAAACUAUGAUGGUGGAUGAGAGACAGACAGUAAGACAAGUACUGGACAAUCUGAUGGACAAAUCCCACUGUGGCUACAGUUUAGACUGGUCACUGGUAGAAACCAUAUCUGAAUUACAAAUGGAAAGAAUCUUCGAGGACCAUGAAAAUUUAGUUGAAAAUCUUCUAAACUGGACCAGAGACAGUCAAAACAAACUUAUAUUUGUGGAACGUAUAGAAAAAUAUGCACUUUUCAAAAAUCCCCAGAACUAUCUGCUGGGGAAAAAAGAAACCUCUGAGAUGGCAGACAGAAAUAAAGAAGUGCUGCUGGAGGAAUGUUUUUGUGGAAGUUCUGUAACAGUGCCAGAAAUAGAGGGAGUCCUGUGGCUGAAAGAUGAUGGCAAGAAGUCUUGGAAGAAGCGUUAUUUUCUUUUGCGAGCUUCUGGAAUCUACUAUGUUCCUAAAGGAAAAGCAAAGGUCUCGCGAGAUCUGGUGUGCUUUCUUCAGCUAGAUCAUGUCAAUGUUUACUACGGACAGGACUAUCGGAACAAGUACAAAGCACCUACAGAUUACUGUUUAGUGCUGAAGCACCCUCAGAUUCAGAAGAAGUCUCAGUAUAUCAAAUAUCUCUGCUGUGAUGAUGUGAGAACUCUACACCAGUGGAUAAAUGGCAUCCGUAUUGCUAAGUAUGGGAGGCAACUGUAUGUUAACUACCAGGAAGCACUGAAGAGGACAGAGUCAGCAUAUGACUGGACUUCCUUGUCAAGCUCCAGUAUCAAGUCAGGAUCCAGCUCUUCCAGUUUACCAGAGUCUCAGUCAAAUCACUCUAAUCAAUCUGACAGUGGAGUUUCUGACACCCAACCAACUGGCCAUGUCCGUUCCCAAAGUAUUGUCAGCUCUAUCUUCUCUGAGGCCUGGAAGCGAGGCACUCAGCUGGAAGAGUCCAGCAAGGCCAAAAUGGAGUCUGUGAGCCGACCCUUCACUUCACUUGCACCUGCCAUGUCCCCACAAAUUAAAGUGGCUACGCCAUACACAGCUUCUCAGCCAUCGCCUCCCCUUCCACCACCCCCACCGCCACCACCCCCACCUCCUCCACCCCCUCCUCCGCCACCACCACCACCUCUUCCCAGCCAGUCUACGCCUUCGACCGGCUCAGCAGCCCCCCUGUUUGUCAAGUACAGCACGAUCACGAGGCUGCAGAAUGCCUCCCAGCAUGCUGGGCCUCUCUUUAAACCUCCCCCCAUCACCCAGCAAAUGCCACCACCCCCAGCGCUGGGAAAGCUGCCCAUGCUGGUGGCUCCCCCUCCUCCCCCACCUCCUCCUCCACCUACCCCCGGAUCAGCUAUGGCACAGCUGAAACCAGCCCCCUGCACCCCGUCAGUGCCACCAUUCACCCCACCACCACCCCCUCUCAAAAUCCAUCAGGUUCCACAGAACGUUACUCCAGUGGCUGUGUUAUCACCACCCCCUCUCCCUCCCCCUGUGCCUGCAGCACCUCCCCCCCCAGCCCCUCCUAAACCCCUUCUACCUGUCCCCACGCAGGCAAGUGCAAAGGCAGCAUCGCCCAUCGUGACCCACAUCCCACCACCCGGGCCCGUUCCCCCUCCUCCUGCAAUAAAAAAGCAGCCAAAUUUCACAGCUUCCCAAGUUCCUCCACCAGCACCUGUUCCUCCAGGGCCUACUCCCCCACCCACCUUACCAAAACAGCAGAGUUUCUCUGUUAAACCUCCCCCAUCCCCUCAGUCUCCUGUGCCAUCUGUUGUGAAGCAGAUAGCCAGUCAGUUUCCACCUCCUCCGACCCCUCCAGCCACAGAGCCUCAGCCUUUAAAGCCUGUCCCAGUAAGUGGGGCGCCACAGUCUCCCCCAGCAGUGAAAGCAAAGCCCAAGUGGCAGCCCACCUCUGCUCCAUCUCCUGAUUUUCCUCCUCCUCCACCUGAGAGCAGCUUAGUGUUUCCUCCGCCACCUUCCCCAGCUCCCUCUGCAGCUUCUCCUACCCUGGACAAGGCGGGAUCUCCAGUCAAAAAGGCCAGCAAGACCUCAAGUCCUGGAGGGAAGAAACCACCUCCAACACCUCAACGAAACUCUAGCAUCAAAUCCAGCAGCUCUGCUGAGUAUCAUGAAUCUAAGAGACCUUCGGUGGACAGCCUUGUCAGCAAAUUUGCACAUCCACCAGAGCCUUCAGGAUCUCCUUCCAAGGAGCCUCCACCUCCUCCUGCAGCUCCUCCAAAGCCAGGAAAGCUAAAUCUUUCUGGGGUGAAUCUGCCUAUAGUUCUUCAGCAAGGAGGUAUUUCAGCAAAGGUACCUGCAGUAGGAGUGUCUGGGAAGGAUCCCAUGGUAGAAUUUCCUUCUCCUCCAUCCGAUUCAGACUUUCCACCACCUCCACCAGAAAUAGAUCUGCCUUUACCACCAGUAGAGAUCCCAUCCGUGUUUUCAGGUAGCACCUCUCCAAAAGUUGCUGUUGUUAAUCCCCAGCCUCAGCCCUGGUCUAAAUCAUCAGUGAAAAAAGCCCCUCCGCCCACACGUCCCAAGCGGAAUGACAGCACCCGGCUUACGCAGGCAGAAAUCAUGGAAUCACAGGGGCCGGUCAGUCCACAAGUGCCCACCUCGCCCAAGUCCAGCCUUAGUGUUCAGCCUGGCUUCCUGGCAGACCUAAACAGGACUCUGCAGCGGAAGUCCAUCACUCGGCAUGGCUCUCUCUCUUCUUCCCGUGUGUCCAGAACAGAGCCAACUGCCACGAUGGAUGAUAUGGCCUUGCCUCCACCCCCACCGGAACUGCUUGCGGACCAGCAAAAGACUGGCAGCUAUGGAGGCAGUCAUAUAUCAGGCUAUGCAACGUUGCGGAGGGGGCCACCGCCUGCUCCCCCCAAAAGGGAUCAGAACACCAAGCUGUCUAGGGACUGGUAAUCACUAGGUGAACUCUAUUUUGCGUGACUUUCAGUCAAUUCUACAAUCAGCAAAUCUGUACUUUGUGUGGAGAGAGAACAUGUGACUUGUGCGAUAACAUGAGGAAAACGUGGUCUCCCACUGUCACUAAGGGUAACUGUAUGCAUUCCCCUUCAGAACUAGUCCAAAAAGUUUGAGGGUUUGGGUUUGACUAUUUCAAGGGUGUGGAGGGGCAUUGUCCUCUCCCUUGCAAUUUCUUUUAUCCUUCAUAUGGAUUGGACCAAAAACCUUUCUUACUUUUUUCUGCAUUUAAGAAAAAAAAGAAAUUUUUUGUAGUGUCUGUCCAUGUGAGAUACGUUUGUGCAUGUAUUAUAAAUGUAGUUAUACAAUAGAUUGUGAUAUAUUACAUCGCAGUUAUAGAAGAUAACCAGAAUGUUUUUGUAGCUCUGUAUUUAUUAUUUCAGUCCACUGACGUAUAUAUUACUUGGAAUUGGACUCUAACCAGUCAAACCUUUACAUGAAGAUGAAGAUGUAGGGGGCACUUUAAAUCAAAAAAGCAUCUUUUGGCAGUUUGUGACGGGUAAAUGGUACAGAACUGAAGCAUUCUGUCAGUAUCUGUACAUUUUCAAUUGAUUGAAAAUACAGACACAACAUACCAAAACAUUCUGGUCGUAAUACUACUGAAAAUAAAUACAUUUUGAGCAACAACAACAACAAAAAAAGAAAGUUAUAUAUAAUGGGCUGGAGUGAAAUAUAUUUAUACUAUAAAGAGCCUCCCCCUCCAAAUAGGUGAAAACCACUCACAGCUCCAAGUUCCUUGUCCGCACAGUAAGUGGGAUACAUAUAUAUUAUUCCAAUCCAAUACACAUUCUAAUGUGGUAAGAAGCCUGGUAGCCACAAUUCCUUACUUUGACACAUUGGGAGGCUUAACGAUCUGUCAUGUGGUACAUCAUCAGUACAUGUGAACAUCUUAUUGAAAAUACAGGUAUGUUUCUGUAUUCAGUAAUACUCUCUGCCACAUGCACACACCAUAUAUAGAUGCUCACCUUCUCUGUGCCUGAAGAGAUGAAUUAUCUUUACAAAAAAUGGCUGAGAACCCUUGAGGAAGCAUUGUGUGUAAUUUGCCAGCUGUGAGCCUGAAGCUUUCAUUUGGGGAGGGAGGGAUGGGUGUGGUAAUUUCGGUCCACAAAUAGCUGGGAACCUGUUUUCUUUGACCUUUUGAGAUGGCAACAAAUGCAUAAGCCUAUUAAUUAACAAAUUGCACUCUGGCAGUCAUGGAAGAUGACUGAAAAAAUAUAUAAUUUGGGAGCUGAUAAAAUCUGUUAGGAAUCCAGUUAGAUCAUCAGGGGCCUUAAUAGGUGCAAAUAGAAUACUUUAUUUGAUUUGUUAUUUAUUUAUUGCUGAUUACAACCAUAAGAUCAUAAUAAUAGAAUCCUUUUUCUUGUAAUCUGCUAGUUUUUGAUUGUGCAGUCUUACCUGGGUAUCGGACAUUGUGAUAUGGUAGUAUAGUUAGUAUAAGCGAUCUUGCAUCUCGUGCAUGUGCAGUACAGUGUACGUUGUAAAAUAACUCCAAUAGUAGCGCUGUACCUUAACAUGCUCGUUUGUGUGAAUUUCCCUGAUCACUAAAGGGACACUAUCAAGAUUGGGGUGGUCAGAUUUUUACCAUUUUUUUCCUUCAAAAAUACAUUCUAAAUGCUCUUAUUUUUUUCUAAAACAAGAAACCAAGAAAGCAGCCCAGAAAUCACAAGCAAUGCUACAAUAGAUCACGUGCGUCGAUAAAGUAGAAACUAAUAUUUGAUAAGAGAGAAUAUUUGCCAUUUGGGCUUGUCAAUGUGAGAAGCAUCGUUACAGCGUUCCCCCUUUUUAAAAGUAUAAUAAUAAUCCACGUGAGGAAAUGAGUGUUUGAUUAGGAAAGAAGCUGUCACAAAACAUCUGUACUUGUAUAGUUCUAUAUAAGUGCAUUGUGAAAAGAGAAAAUGAGUGGUGCUGUCUCUGCUGACCUGUUGCAUAUGAUUUUGAAUCUGCUUCAGCACCUCCAGGAAAUCAUUGUAAUAUUUUAGAGUAGUUUAUUUGAGCAAUAAGAAUAUACCAUUGUGUGCAUUUUUAAAGCACUGCUGUGGAAAGGCACUUUUUUGUAUCUUUCAAACUGUUCACAAAAGUUUUAUUUCUACUAUUUUUGUGCUUAUAAAGUGUCCUUAAAAGCAUUGGCAUUGUUGAUUUUAAGCAUGCUCAGUUAGCUGAUUAGUGUCUUAGUAACAAGAUUGUUGAACUAUGCUACAAUUAAUGGGUGCUGUAAUUUUCUACAUUGUUCCUCCUGCUGCUUGUACUGUAUGCUGGCCCUCGAUCUCGCGCCUUCCAGUGGAGUUAAAGGUGCACAGAUAGGAAUUCUAGCCUCCUUGUUUUUAUUGAUAAGUUUACCUACUGAUCACUGCCAGCAUGCACCCAUGUUCUCUGGGAGCUAAAUCAGUUAGUUGAUUCUUUUAUCUUCAUCCUCCC